AACGCAAAGAAACUUAAGAAACCGCACCUAAACUCACCCAAUUCCCAAUCCUCCUUUCAUUCAUCCCCAAUCCCCAAUCCCCAUUUCCCUGUUUCACCCAAUGUUUUGAGGUAUCAAAAAUCUGUAUCCUCCGUUUCUUCCAUGGCGAUGGCUAGAAGGGUUUUGGAUGAUCUUAAAGACCCCCGAAUGGUGUGUGACGAUUGUUCACCUGGUGCAGAUUGUUCCCAAGAUUGUACCCUGGUAAUUCCUGUUUCUCCCCCUUCUAGUGUGAAAUAUCACAUGCCUGCAUAUUUCAUCUCCAUGCUAUGUCUUCUCGGCGCCCUUUUCGUCAUCCUCUGCUACGUCACCAUCCUCAAACGGUACCGUUUAAGCCAGCGGAAUUCCCGGAGGACGACGCCUUCUCCGGUAGAGGAAUCCCGGCGGGAUUUUAUCGACGGGGAGCAGACGCAGCAGGUGGAUCACCCGAUUUGGUAUAUAAGAACCGUCGGCCUACCUGACGCCGUUAUCGAGUCUAUAUCUGUUUUUAAGUAUAAAAGAGCGGAGGGUUUAACGGAAGGCACGGAUUGCUCCGUUUGCUUAACGGAAUUUCAAGAAGACGAGAGUCUCCGUUUGUUGCCUAAAUGUAGCCACGCUUUUCACGUCCCCUGCAUCGACACUUGGCUAAGGUCACACAAGAAUUGUCCGCUGUGUCGCGCGCCGAUAAUCAGCGAAACGGCAAACGUUGUCGAACAAGCGAACAACGUUGUCGCGGUCGCCGAUCAAGAAACCCUACCGGAAAAUCAAGAAAGUGAAGAGGUGAUCCCCGAAAUCAGGCCCCCAAUUGCAAGUAUUGAAGCAAUAAAUCACAAACGGAUUCGAGCCCAGAGCGAUUUGGCCGAGCACAGAGUUAUUGUGGACGAGAAUGGGAAUUUUGAGCCGCCAAGAAGAUCAGUGUCGAUGGAUGAUUCCUCUUCGGCUUCAAUGAUUGAAGCGGCGAAGAGGAAUUUCGAGAUUGGUUCCUCAAAGCCAUCUUCUUCUUCUUCUUCUUCUUCUGCAAGUAGAAGUUCUCGCUGGUACAGUGCGAUGAAGAGUUCUUCAUUCGGGCGGUCCCUGCAGAAAGUUCCGAUUGGUAUGAAGAGAUCAUCCUCAACUUCUAGUGGGAAGUGUUCUUUGCCAACUACAAAUAGCAAAAGCCAAGAUUUUUGAGGGGAUUAAUGAAAGCACCUAUUGUUCCGCUUCUUGGUUUUAGUACAUAAUCUGGACAGCCUGUGCCCCUUAAUUGCAAUUUGUAUAUCAAAUCGAACUGGUUUCAGCAGGCUAACAGUCAGGGAUUUAUUGUAAGCAAUGAAUUUGAGGCUCUCUGAAUCUUGAAUGCUUUAAUAAGAAGUUACAGUGAAACGUACACUUCCAUUAACUGAUAAAAUUGGUCUUUUGUUUCCCUUUCCAUUGCAUUGUCCGUGUUUUAUGCAGUAAUUUUGGGUUUUUAUUGUACUGUUCUUUGCUAUGCUCUGUUCUCUAUGCAAUAUGGAUUGACAUGAAAGUCACAAAAAGAGUUUUCAAAGAAA